AGAGAGAGGAUAUAAAGAAAAAGAAUAGUUUACGAGCAAAAAGAGAGCAUGCCUAAUAGUUUUUAUGACAAGGCAAAUCUCCUGAACAUCACAUGACACAACAUGUAGUUUAUUCAAGAAGUUUUUACUUGAGAUUUUGAUCACUGAUAUGGUUCCAAGUUUUAUGAAAACAAUGACUCUGCCAUAUUCAAAAGAAAAAUAUCCCAUUAUAAUUUAUCAAUAUGUUCUAUAUAAAUUCUUUUCAGUGUCACCACAAACAUUGCAAAAUCUGUCUGUUGUUUUAUUUUGCGGAAAAUAGAGUGUGGUAGUAAUUUAAAAGAAUAAAUUAUUUUGUUUUAAAUUCUGUUAUAAAACGGUGCAUAAUGUAUUAAGUUCUUACAGGUGCGAUUACGACUGUCACAUUAAAGGUCAGUAAAUUAACAACAACAAUUUGACAUUUACCAUUGAAACUGAAUUUUUGCUGACUAUUCUGUCUCUCAAAUUAAUAACCUCUGGUUCAAAAUAUUAAAUGGAUGUUUUAAUCAUAACUGUGAAGUCGGCAGUUGAAGUGUUUGAUUCUGGGCUCUUCUAAUAAUCCGACUUAUGCUCUAUUGAAAGUUCACCAAAUCUUAAGACACUAAAUUUCUUCGAUUACUACCAAGAAAAAAAAUAAUAUAUCAAUAAAAACUGAUAAGAUGAAUCAAUAAAGAUGAAGUUUCUGGAAUCCGGAAUUGAGUAUGGAGAAUGGUAGACAUGAUAAACAUCUCGACUUUUAAAAGUUUAAUACUCUCGAUGCUGUCUGGAAUUCUCCACUCAGUUGCUGUAGCAAACUCACAACUUCUUGAAGAUCUCCAUGCUGGUCAAAUGACCACAUACCAUUUUAUAGCCAUUGCAGCAUUUUCCCUUCCAGAAACAGUUAAAAGUGCAGAAAAUAUUUUCGGACCUAAAAGUGCUCGCAUGUUCCUUCUGGUCCAAAGCAUAUGUGGUUCUAUUAGUACAUUUUUAACCUUCAUUUCUUAUGAAUAUUUACCAAUAGGAGUGUCAAUUAUCAUUCGAUCCACAAGACCAGCUUUUUUCGCUGUCGCAGCAAACAUUCUUUUAGGCGAGCCUUGUGGUUUAUUACUAUACAUUACGACAACUCUCACAAUAAUUGCAAUUAUAUUUACAGCACAAGUGCCACCCUACUUGUUCGACGAUAGUUUUUCAUAUUCAAAUGAAUUCUUGUAUGGAAUUGCAGCUGCAAUAUUAUCCCUAGUGUUUACUGCGGGACAGGUAAUUAUUACUAGAAAAUUAAAAACUGUUAAUCAUGCCGUUGUCACAUUCAAUAGUAACUGGAUGUCUGCCAUUUGGACUGGAGUUUUUGCAUCAAUAUUUGGUCAUUUCAGAUGGCACGAAUGCGGUUUGCAAAAACUGUACGUGAUUCUUUUUGGCUUCGCAAGUUAUGCGUCGCAGACGUUAUUAGUUAUAGCUUUUCAGUAUGAGUUGGUCAGCCCGGUGUCAACUGUCAGAGCGGCUUCAAACAUAAUUUCAUCGCUUUUGUUACAGACAUUUCUUUUUUGUGAUAUUCCUGACAUAUAUAGUACAAUUGGUGCAGCACUGGUAGGACUUUCGUUUCUCAUCGUUGGAAUGAAAAAAUGCAUUCCUGCUAUGCCAAAAGACUCUUAAAAAUAGUGAAAAAGAGUCAUACUUAUGAAACUGCUUCUUGAUAAAAUUCUGUAUUGAAUAAUGAUCAGUUUCAGGUUGUGUCAUUUGUUAGAUAUUCAUUAAAAUCAAUUUUUAGUAUA